GUGAUUUGCCUCACCACAGCUCUCCCAACUCAUUUCUUUGACAUCCAAACUGUAGUGCACAUCCCUCCAUCCUUAUGCUAUGCUAUGCUCACAGCUCACAACAACAAUAAUAAUUAAGCAUCAUGAUUGUCUACGAGAAUAGUCUCUUUGGUUUCUCCCUGAUCUUUCGAGUACAUGGGUCGGCGCUCUGGAAGGCAUGUGUUCCAGCGCUCUGUUCCACGGCGGGUAUACUCAUCUAUCAUGCUCUUUUCAUCGAUUGGGAUGUCUUGCAACGAGGACAAGGCAGACACACGGGGCCCUUUGAUCAUCCUUAUCCCAUCACUUGCUAUGUCGCCUUCUUUUCCUUCCUGUUGACAUUUAGACUCAAUUUUGCAUAUCAGAGGUACUGGGAAGGAGCCACUGCCAUUCAUCAAAUGCUCAGCAAAUGGUUGGAUGUCGCCACAUACUGUGCUGCCUAUCAUUAUCAAUCACAGGUAUACGACAAAUAUCGCCCGCCAUCCUUUGGAGAACACGUCCAUCUACGCAAUCUGACACGGGAACGAGAACGAGCCCAUCGUACGACCCUGAGCGAACACCUCGAGGAAGUACGAGCCAGUCUUCAAGAAAAACAAAAGCAACCGUGGUGGAAGAAGCUAGUGCCUCGCAAAAGGCGGCCCCCACCACCACCACCAAUAGGAGGCAACAGCAGUGGCAGAUCCACCAGUUCUCAGCAAGGCGGCAAGGUCAUUUCGUCAGGAGGACGAGAGGGCGGUAUUCAAGCACCUCGCAGGUUUCAAGAGCAAUUUGCAUUGCCCAACAAUAGCAACCACGGCAACAAUAAUAGUCCAGGUCGUAACAAUGCCAUGUCAGCGUCGGGGGGACGCUACAGUCUCCGCAGAAUUGCCAGUGUCAAGGGUGACAUUCGCUCUGUCGAUCCCAUUCACAUUCCCUACCCAUCGCCCUUUCUACAAGAAACGGCACAUUUGGUCAGUCUCUUGGCGGGAGUGGCAUUGUCCACUUUGAGGAAUGAUAUUGAAGGAGCGCAAUCGCCCUUGGCCGAAUACUUUCCAGGACAACCCUUGCCACCCGUCGAUCCCGAUGAAUUGUCCAAGGCAUUGCGCAAAAAGUUUGAUUCGGGAUCUCACACCGUCGCGGCCGUUUACUAUUUACUGGGAUUAACCCGCGACAAUCGACAUCGGACGCUCUACAAUGCCGUACGACCCUUUCAAAUACUGGGAGGAGUGUCGGAUGCCGAAGUGGAUAGGCUGCAAAGGGCACACGGACCGUACGCCAAGGUGGCAUUGUGUUCCUUUUUUGUACAAGAGUUUGUGGCACGGGAGUAUCUCACGGGGAGUACAGGCAAGAUUCCAGGGCCACUGAUUAGCCGUAUUACUCACGUUUUGUCGGACGGGAUGUCAGGGUACAACCAGGCUCGCAAGCUGUCCUACAACCCAUUCCCGUUUCCUCACGCACAAAUGACAGUCUUCUUUACCAUUGCUGUCUUGUUCAUCUUCCCACUCCUCUACUACUGCUUUGUGAAUGACUUGGCGUUUGCUUGCCUCUUGAACUUUGUCACAGUCUUGUGCUUCCUAGGCAUUCAUGAGGUGGCCCGUGAACUGGAGAACCCGUUUCAUAACGUCCCCAAUGACAUCCCACUGACCACUUUUCAGGCUCAAUUCAACGAAUCAUUGAUUACAAUUUAUUCGGGCUUUCAUCCUGAUUCAUGGUGGGAAGUGGAUAACAAUAGCAGUAGCCCCAAGGUCGCUGUGCCUCCACCAACACCACCAGAAAAGGAUAAUGGUAUUGCCACCACUGCGAAAGCCAUUGCCACCACUGCGAAAGCCACAGUUGUUGCCUUCAAAGAAGACGUGCAUCCAUUGAAGCGAUGAGGAACGCGAGACACCUACCGUACGAUAAGUGACCCACAAGCUCAUCGUUGCCUUUCAUGCGUUACUUGUGGUCGCGCCAUUCCGUGUCGACGACCCCAAUGAGCUUCACUUGUCAUUUGUAUGGUAUUCAUGAAGUUCCACGGGAGCUGGAAACUUGGGCUUUCAGAACGCCCCAAUGAUUCUCCCUUGACCCCCUGUCGAGCACAAACAAUGAAAUUUCUGGCUUUCAUCCGGAUCCGUGGUGGAAAAUAGAUGGCACAAGCACUCCACCGGGAAGGAGAAUGAUAUUGAUAAUGCAACAAAAAUGCCACUUUUGUUAGCUUUGAAAGAAGACGUGCGUCCUCUGAAGCCACGAGGAACGUCAUAUACCGGUACCUAAGGUAGUUGACCUAUAAGCUACAUUCUAAUAGUUGAUUCUACAGGAUAAACGUCUCCACUGCCUCAAG